ACUCUCUUCGUUCUAGACGGUGGAUCUAUCAGAUUCUGCGUUGAACUGAAAUAUACGGAAGUCUGAAUCUGACAUCGCAAUGUCGAGUGAGACGAUGCUCUGUGAUCUUAAACUGGACUCUCAUUGAGCAGAAUCUGUAGAUUCUUUACUCAUUGACUCUGAAGAAAGUUUUCUUCUUGGCCGGAUCCCUGGAUUCUGAUUCUGUGACGAAUCAAAAGGUUUGAUAUUCAGGAGAGAGAGAGAGAGGAUAUCAGGUAGAAAUGGUUUGGCGCCAAAAAUAGGCUUAAUUUGAUCAGUGGGGAUGGUAAUCGCUUUAGAUUAACGCUGAGAGAGUGAGACAUCGGCGACGGAGGACUUGACGAAAGUCGCAAAACACUCGCUUCCGUCGUAGAGAUGACAAGUCGCGCCAUUUCUCGGAGGUUGUCGGUCUUGCGUUUGAGUAGCCAGGUUUUCCGAGUUCAAUCUCACAAGACAUUUUCGGCUUCUGUGGAUUCAACCCACUCGUGUCGCAAAGCUCUGAUUCUUCACCACCUAAGAGACAAUCGGAUCGACGAAGCUCGAGAGAUUCUCAGUCGGGAUCCUUCUCCCGAUGUGAAUCUGUGCACCAUGAUGAUCUCGGCCUACGCCAGAAGCAACAGACUGGUCGACGCGUUGAAAGUGUUCGAUCAAAUGCCCAUGAGAGAUGUAGUCUCGUGGAACUCGAUGAUCAAUGGGUGUGUCGAGUGCGGGGCUCUGGAUACAGCCAUGACACUGUUCGACGAAAUGCCCGAGCGGACAGUUGUUUCGUGGACAACGAUGGUGAAUGGAUGUUUCAGGUCUGGUAGGGUUGCAGAGGCAGAGAGAUUGUUUCAUCAAAUGCCAAGGAGAGAUACGGCGGCUUGGAAUGCAAUGAUUCAUGGGUAUUUACAGUUCGGAAAGGUAGACGAUGCUUUCAAGUUGUUUACCCUAAUUCCCUGCCCAAACGUCGUUUCAUGGACUUCAAUGAUUGGAGGAUUAGAUCAGAAUGGAAAUAGCGGAGGAGCACUCGUUUUGUUCAGGAAGAUGAUGGAUUCGCGAGUGAAGCCUACUUCAAGAACGUUUGCUUGUGUGAUAACAGCUUGCGCAAAUGCUCCUUCAUUCCAUCUAGGUGUGCAAGUUCAUGGUUUUAUCGUGAAGUUAGGAUUUUUCUUUGAAGAAUACGUAUCUGCUUCACUUAUAACUUUUUAUGCAAACUGCAAAAGGGUAGAAGAUUCUCGUAAGGUACUCGAUGAGAAGGUGCAUGUGAAUGUUGCUGUCUGGACGGCUUUGUUGUCUGGGUACAGUUUGAACAGAAAGCAUGAAGAUGCCCUGAGUGUUUUCUCGGUCAUGUUGAAAGCUGAUAUCUUACCGAAUCAAUCGACCUUCACUAGCACGUUGAACUCUUGCACUGCACUGGAAGCUCUGGAUCGUGGGAAAGAGAUACAUGGAGUUGCUAUCAAGCUAGGUCUGGGAUCGGAUGUUUUUGUGGGUAAUUCUCUCGUUGUCAUGUACAGCGAAUGCGGAAACAUGCAUGAUGCAGCUUCCGCAUUUACAGGAGUUUCAGGGAAGAACAUCGUGUCAUGGAAUUCUGCCAUUGUUGGAUAUGCACAGCAUGGAAAUGGAAGGUGGGCACUGGAGAUAUUCUGCCGGAUGGUACGUCUGAACGUUGAGCCGGAUGAAAUCACAUUCACGGGCUUGCUCUCAGCUUGUAGCCAUUGCGGGUAUCUAGAGAAAGGGAGGAAGUUGUUUGAAUACAUGUCGAGGCGAAACCCCGUGGAUAUUAAGCUUCAACACUACACAUGUAUGGUGGAUAUAUUGGGUAGAUCCGGAAAGUUGAAGGAGGCUGAGGAAUUCAUCGAAAGCAUGCCAGUGAAGCCUAACGAAAUGGUAUGGCUGGCUUUGCUUGGAGCUUGCAGGAUGCACUCUGAUAUAGACAGAGCCGAGAGAGCAGCAGAAGCCAUUUUAGAACUGGAAGCCAAUACAAGUGCAGUGUACGUAUUGUUGUCAAAUAUAUACGCUUCUGCAAGGAGAUGGUCAGAUGUAUCAAGAAUGAGAGGCAAGAUGAGGCAAAGCGGGAUAAGGAAAAGGCCAGGAAAGAGUUGGGUGGUGAUGAAGGGAGAAAAGCACGAGUUUUGCACAGGUGAUCGGACCCAUCCUAUGACCGAUAAGAUACACGAAAAGAUCGAGUUUUUAAGGAGAAAGCUGAGGGAAAUGGGGUAUGAACCAGACAAGAGAUAUGCAUUACACGAUGUGGAGGAAGAACAGAAAGAAGAGAUGUUGUGGAAUCACAGUGAAAGGCUUGCCAUUGCGUUUGGGUUGGUGAGUAGUAGAGUUGAAGGAAGUACGAUCACUGUCAUGAAAAAUCUAAGGGUUUGUGGCGAUUGUCAUUCCGUGACAAAGCUCAUCUCCAUUGUCGUUGGACGUGAAAUCGUUGUUCGGGACACGACGAGGUUUCACCAUUUCAAAGAUGGUGUCUGUUCUUGUGGGGAUUAUUGGUAAAGAGUCGAGACGAUUCGUGUAUUUAUUGGUAUUCUCAAUACCAAACGGUUCGGAC